AUGCCGACAACACUCAAGCGCAAAGGUUCGCCAAGCCUGGAAGACGAUACCGAGUCGUCAAAGCGAAGAUUCGCAGAGGAGGAAGCAGCGCCCCAGCCCGAUGCGACAGCGAAGACACCACCCGCACAGCCAGCACCCACCGCCGCGGACGGCGCGCGAGCACCAGCCACAUCCCCAGCAAACGAUGAUAGAGCCGCCCGCUUCGCCGCCCUCCGCGCCCGCAAUCAAGCCUCGCGCAAGGCCAAUCUCAAAGAAACGCGCCACGAAGCCAAACGCCAGUCCACCGACCCCACUCAACUUACCGCUAUCAACCGCAAACGUGAUGUAGCCCAACAUAAACUCCUCAAAGCCACGGUCGAGGAAAGCGGCCAAGAUUUCGAGCGCAAACGCGCCUGGGAUUGGACGGCGGAGGAGUCUGAGCGCUGGGAUGCGAAGAUGGCUGCUAAGGAGCGGAAUAGAGAGGGGGUGGCAUUUCAGGACUAUGCGAGGGAGGCGGGGAAGGUGUAUGACCGGCAGGUUGGUGAGAUGGAGAAGGCGGGGUUUGAGGAGAGGCGGAAUGCUUAUGAGAGGGAGAAGGCAGAGGCGGUGGAACGGGCGGUGCAGAGUGGCGGGUUGGAGAUUGUCGAGACAGCGGCGGGUGAGCUAAUUGCGGUUGAUAAGGAUGGUGCGUUCUACAGCACGGCCGAUGCGGGCGGCACGGCGCAUAUUGGGAACAGGCCAGAUCGCGCGGCUGUAGAUCGCUUGGUGGCGGAUAUAAGGAAAGCGGAGGAGGUGCGAUUGAAGAAGAGGCGGGCGAGAGGGAAGGAGGAUGAAGGGGAGAGGGACGUGACGUAUAUCAACGAGAAGAACAAGCAGUUCAAUUUGAAGUUGGCGAGGUUUUAUGAUAAGUAUACGGCGGAUAUAAGGGAGAGCUUCGAGAGGGGAACGGCGAUAUGA